AUGCCUCCUCCACGUUCACGUCAACGCCUGGGAGGACUGAACCGGCCGCGUCGUCCUCCACCACGCAAGCAGGAUCACGCCGUCAAAGUCUGCCCAGCUCCCAACUGCGGCAGCACCGAAUUCACCGAAGACGACGGCCUUACCAUUUGUAAACAUUGUUAUACUCAAAUCAACGAAUCCAACAUCGUCGCCGAAGUCACCUUUGAGGAACAGACUGGAGGUCGUGCUACCGUUCAAGGUGGAACUGUCAACGACAACUCCCGUCACGCCAGGACCCUCGGAGCUGGAGCAUAUCGCAAAGUCGGAGGCGGCGAGAGGAACACUCUUGCUGACAUUCAAAACGCUGGUCGCCGUGCUUUGGAACAGCUGUGUCCGAAGCUGGGCAUUACCGACAAUGUCUCCGUUCAGGCAAAUCAGAUCUGGACUCUGGCAGCCAACAUCAACUUCUCCGCAGGUCGCAAGACAGAUGAGGUUGUCGCUGCUUGCCUCUACGCUGCCUGCCGUCGUCAAACCAACAACCAAAUUUUAUUGAUGGACAUUGCCGAGUUGGUACACAUCAACGUCUUUCGAUUGGGUGAGGUGUACAAAGACAUGUGCAAGGAGCUCUACAUCAACAACGAGAACAUCGGUCAUCAACAUCUGAUCGAGUUGGAGCCUCUCAUUCACAAGUACUGCGAGAAGUUGCAGUUCGCGGAGAAGACGAAGCAAGUCGCCGAAGAUGCUCUCAAGAUCAUCAAACGCAUGAAUCGAGAUUGGAUCGUGUCUGGUCGCCAUCCUGCUGGACUGUGUGGAGCUUGCAUUAUCCUCGCAGCACGCAUGAACAAUUUCCAGCGCAGUGUGAGAGAAGUUGUGUAUGUGUCGAAAGUCGCAGAUGUCACCAUCGCAAAGCGGAUAGAAGAGUUCCGGGUAACGAAGAGUGCGAGUCUGACAGUGCAGCUCUUCCGAGAGAUUGGCAACCGAAUCGUACAUCAACACGACCCGCCAUCGUUCAGCGGCGACAUGCACACCCAGAGAUUGAUGGCGAAUCGCAAGCGCAAACGUGCUGCGCAUAUGCUGGAGUUGGAGGAGCGUGCAUCACAGGCGAGACCGGCUCCACCUCAUCGCGUCGACGCCGAUGGUUUCGUCAUACCUGACAUUCCUGUUCAACGCGACCCUACUCCUCUUCCCGUAGACAAGUCCGCCACCAUCAAGCGUGGACGGAAACCCAAAGCCGCAGUCGUAGCUCCGACACCCAUCGAAAUAUCCCAAGAAGAACUCGCCGAAGAAGACUACCUCGAGAAGCAAAUCGAGGCGGCUCUCGAAAAUGAUCAAGUCCAAGACAACACCUCCGACGUCGCCAAAGCCAAAGCCGAAGAGAAAAUCCUCCUCGAACAACGCCGCGCCCAAGCCUCCGCCGAAAUCCAACAAAAACUCGACGCCGAACGAACCAAAUCCCGCCGCGUGGAACUCGGCAUCGACAAAGAAUUCGAAAACGACCCGGAGGUGGAAAACUGUAUGCUCUCCGAGGCAGAAACGAAGAUCAAAGAGCAAAUCUGGGUCGCGCACAAUGAGGACUGGCUACGCAAACAAGCCGAGCGUGAUCUAAUGGCGAAAGUCAACCCUCCUUCCGCUAAAGGUCGCGCUUCGAAACUCAAAAAGAACGGCAAGCCGAAGAGAAAACACAGUCGUAUGGGAGAUGGCAGUGUGCUUACAGAAGGCGACACGCCGAUUGAGACGCCCGAGGAUGCGGCCAGGGCGAUGUUGGAGAAGCGCGCGCCGAUGAAGUCGCAGCACGUGGAUUUCAGCGCGCUGCAGAGGAUCUAUGGACGGGAGGGAAGUGUUGCUUCGAGUAGUGGCGUGGAGACGAGCGCGGAUGCUACGAGGGCGGGCACGCCGGCUGAUGCCACGAGGCAGAGCGCUACGCCUGCUCCGGAGAGCGAGAUCGAUGCCAGUUCGCCGCCGCCAGGUAGUGAGGAUGGGGAGGAAGAUGAGGUGGAGGAGGAUACCCGCGGUGGAGCUGCGAGGAGACUGCCAUCUCUUGUUGAAGAAGCGGAAGAGCCGGCGGCGGACUUUGCAGGCGCGGAUUGGCCAACUGCGAAUGAUGAAGAGGAGGUGGUGGAGGAGGAAGAGGAAGAGGAACUUGAGAUGGAUGAGUUUGGUGUGAUUGGUGGGUUCGAGGAUCUUGGUGAUGAUGAGGGUGAGGAGUAUGAAUAG